GGUAGCGCGUGUCUGGGUCACAUGAGCCACCCGCCCUUCAGCCCGGGCCGAUUCCCCGCAUCCCCGCCGCCUCCGUUGCCCGCCACCGUCCGCUGCCCGCCCGGCUCCUCUGGACGCCGCCGCCGCGCGGGCCGCGCUGCGCUGCCUGCGCUCAGGGAUUGGGAGGGGGCUGCGGAGGAGCCGCCCCCUGCGCCUGGCCCCCGCCCUCCGUGCCCUGGCCGGCGUGAUGGGGCUCGGGCCGCCGCCCCCCGCACUGCCGGGCUAGGGCAAUGCGGGUGCCCCCGGCGCGCGGCCCCCGUGGGCGCCAUGCGCCCCCUGCUCCGCCACCUGCUCCUUGCCGCGAUCCUGCAACUGGCCCCUGCCCAGGCCCCGGUCUCUCAGCCUGAUGGCCCUGGCCACCAGAAGAAAGAGGAAGAAGUUGAGGCAGAGGGGUUGCUGGGUUCUCAACAAACAGGGCUGGGAAAGACAGUGGUGUCAUGGAUAGAUGUGUAUGCGCGUGCCACCUGCCAGCCUCGGGAGGUGGUGGUGCCCUUGACUAUGGAGCUCAUGGGUACUGUGGCCAAACAACUGGUGCCCAGCUGCAUGACUGUGCAGCGCUGUGGUGGCUGCUGCCCUGACGACGGCCUGGAGUGCGUGCCCACUGGGCAGCACCAAGUCCGAAUGCAGGUCCUCAUGAUCCGGUACCCAAGCAGUCAGCUGGGGGAGAUGUCCCUGGAAGAACACAGCCAAUGUGAAUGCAGACCAAAAAAAAGAGAGAGUGCUAUGAAGUCAGACAGGGCUGCCACUCCCCAUCACCGUCCCCAGCCCCGCUCUGUUCCGGGCUGGGACCCUGUCCCUGGAGCACCCUCCCCAGCUGACAUCACCCAUCCCACUUCAGCCCCAGGCCCCUCUGCCCACGCUGCAGCCAGCGCCGCCAGCACCCUGAUCCCUGGACCUGCCACUGCCGAUGCCGACGCCAUAGCUUCCUCCGUUGCCAAGGGUGGGGCUUAGAGCUCAACCCAGACACCUGCAGGUGCCGGAAGCUUCGAAGAUGACACAUUGCUUUUCAGACUGUGAGGCCUCUUGCCUCAUAUGUUACAUCCAUGAGAGAAGAAAGGGGAACCUGAGACUAGCCCAACCCAAGACCUGAUCCUGUUGGAAGCUAGGCCUGGGCCUCUCAGAGGACUCUCCUGCUGUCCUUUAUCUCCCAAGGCUGCCUUCUGACAAAGUUGAUGAGAUGUGGUCCCAGUUUGGGGAGAGGGUGGUGUGCCGUUUCCAUUUUCAACCACCCUGUGCAUGUGACCAUCUUACACCUGGCUCCUGCUUCCCUCCCUAAGAAGACCCCACACCUCUGCAAAUCACAGGAUUUGGGCUUUGGUAUGAAAACUGUGAUUUCCCCCAACCCUGAUAAAAGAGGUGGAAGGAGCUAUCCCUGUGUCACUGUUUGUCACUAUCCAGGCUGGCUGGUUUGCAUCACUGCCUCCUAGACCUGGUUUUACCCACUAACUGUGCUGAUGGAGGAAGUGAGGCCAAAGGUCCCCCAGCAGAUUCCAGUAGAGCCUGGGUCAUGGAUUCAUCACUUCCCUGGUAGCAUCAAUGGGCAUGGGAAUCCUUACACCCUGCUUAUCACAAGGGUUCUGCCCAUUGUGGCCAAUAAACUUGGGGUAGGACCCCAAUAUGCUGAGUGA